UUGCUGUGGGCUGCAUACUCUCCAUCAAAACCACACUCGGAGAAGAAUUUCAAGCCCAAGUCAUCGCCUUUGACCGCCCCUCCAAUCUCCUCAUCCUUCAUAUCCUUUCAAAUAUUCCAAUCUUAUUUUGAUUACUCGAACGCUGGGAAAUUACAAGAGGGAGGGCAAUCCGGAGCUGGUCCGAGGAGGAACAUUAGACUUCUGAAGGCUAAUUAUGUCAAGGAAUUCACGUUUUUAGGUCAAGGUGAGGACCCACUUGAUGCGAGCAAGUGUUUUCUUGACCUAACCAGUCUCCAAUCCAAGGAAGAGUCCGCAAUUAGACAAGCUGAGGCCGAUGCCGAGAGGAUUGGAGUGGGUGUUACUGCUGAGGCACAGCUUAUUUUCGAUGCUUUAUCUAAGACGCUUCCGGUUAGGUGGGACAAGACUACAAUAGUGGUGAUGAAUGAAGUCCGUGUUGGAAGCCCAUAUCAACCUGACUCAGUUGUAGGAGGAACUCCUGCUGCUAAUGAACGGGUCCGAAAAGUGCUCGAGUUUGAGAAGAAGAGGCUGCAAUCUCGGAAUUUUGGUUAAUUGACGAUGAAGUUUCGCGCUUGAUUAAAAAAUGCAGUGAAUUUCUUUUGCAUUUGAGCCCCGAGACUGAGGGCAAUAGUAGUUCUCCAACCUCCUGUGGACAAGUGAAUUUAUCCAAUUGUGAGAUCUGAGGGCUUCUUUCGUAAUAAAAUGAUGGAUAUUUAUGUUUUUGCAUUUCUCUCAAGUCGUUAUUGCCUGAUAAAAUAAGGGAACUAAAAUUUGCAUGAGACUCAAUAAUGAAAUUUUGCAUACAAAAUUGUUGUAGUUGAUUCUGUUAUUUACAUGUGAGAUUUGAUUAAUUUACAGCUUUCUCUUGACUGUAGUGGCAUGAAAAUGGUAGUUGGGUAUAAGUUAUUCCGUUCUUCAAGACACUAACUGUUUGAUUUUAAGAAAGCGUGUCAAUAUGUGAUAACCUUUUACUCUUUUACACACAGUGCAAGAAAGGCAGGUUGAGAAUCGUAUUAAAGCUUUAUUUUGAAUGAAGUAGCUUUUAGACCGUGGAAUAUAUCAAACAUACGAAGAGUAGGC